AUGCGGGCGUUGAUUGAUGCCAUUGACGAGCUGCCGCGCCCACUGGUCAUCCAGUGCACGACGGCUAACCGAUCAGGCAUUGCGCUGCUGCUCUGGUUAGCCCAUGCGCGGGGCUAUACUGCCGAGUGUGCAGAUCGUCUGGUCAAGGAUCUGGAGCUGGACACCGUGAAGCUCGAAGCUUUGGCCUGGCUUCGAGAAAAGCUCCCCAAGCUGAGCCCAGGUUUCCACGGACCGCUGAUCGAGCACGCGCCGGAGGUGCUGCAGUUCUGGGACCCACAGAGCCACACACUCACAUAUUUGGUUCGGUGUGCAGAAAGCAGAGAGGCGGUAUUGAUCGACCCGGUUCUUGGGCAGGUAGACCGCGACCUGAGUGUCCUCAAGGAUUUGGGCCUUCGACUCAAGUAUAUCAUCUACACGCAUGAUGGGCAGGAACAUUCCAGCGCAGGUGUGGUGAAACGCCACUUCAGGGAAGAUCAGCAUGAUGUGCAGAUCUUGGUCUCCACAGCCUUCAGUCAUGCUGAGCUGGCAGAUCGACGGGUGCGCAAUGGGGAGGUGAUAAAGUUUGGGAAGCUGGCCAUGGAGGUCCGAGCGACGCCUGGGCUGAAUGAUGGGAGCAUGGCUUUCACGCUUCAAACAGGCACUGCAGCUUUCGUUUUUACAGGCGACACGCUAUGGGUGCGUGGCGGUGCCAAGAGAGACUACCAGAGGCACAACCUCAGGAAGCUGCAGGAAUCUGUUCGGAGACAGAUUCUGACAUUGCCGGAUGAGACUAUUGUCUGCCCGGGCCAUGACAACAAGGGCCGAAGCGUGUCGACAGUAGAAGAGGAGCGACUGUUCAAUUCGCGCUUUUCCCAGCCUAUCUCCGAGUUCGAGGAUUACAUGACCCAAGAACCACCCUCAGCAAAGUCCUUGGCCGAGAGGCCCUUUCUGCCUCCUCAAUCGAAAGCCAAUGCAGCUUUUGGCGUGGCCGCCUUCAUGUAA